AUGGCGCCCAUCGUGAAGCCCACCAAAGAGGAGCUUGAGCGGCGACAGACGGUCGGCGUCAACUACGAGACGGUCACCAAUGUCUCAACUACUGAAUUUCCGGGAAACUACCCGGGCGAAGAUCUCGCAUGGGAUGUCGACGAGUUUCGCAACAAGCUCCAGAUCCAGUUUCACCAGAACGAGCAGUUCGAGGCCUCGUUUUCACUCAUCGGCGUCGAUGCCAGCAUCGCGAAUGCGUUCCGCCGCAUCAUGAUCUCGGAGAUCCCCACCGUUGCGAUCGAGACAGCCUACAUCGACAACAAUACGUCUGUGAUCCAGGACGAGGUGCUGGCACACCGCCUGGGCCUGAUCCCUUUUACCGGCGGAUACGACGGCCUGCGCAACUUUAUCAAGUGGUGGAAGCGGCCGGGUCCCGACGCCGACCCCAACGAGUUUCCGCCCUCGUUUGAUUACAACACCAUCAAGCUGAAGCUGCAGGUCGAGUGCACGCGCAACCGCAGCGCCGCGCCCGGCGAGACCGACCCGUUGAAGCUCUACCACAACGCCCACGUGUACGCCCGCGACAUCGAGUUCGUCCCCGAGGGCAACCAGCCGUCGGUCUUUUCGGGCGAGAACGCCAUCCGGCCCGUCAACCCCGACAUCCUCGUGGCUAAGUUGCGGCCCGGCCAGGCCAUCGACAUUGAGAUGCAUAUGCAUAAGGGCAUCGGCUCAGACCACGCCAAGUUCUCGCCCGUGUGCACAGCUUCGUACCGGCUGCUGCCCACGAUCACCAUCCUGCAGCCUAUUCUAGGCGCCGACGCUGUCAAAUUUGCCAGCUGCUUCCCCGACGGCGUCAUCGGCCUCGAAAAGGUCACCCGGAAGGACGCCGCGCAGGACGAGGCCUACGUCGACCACAUUGGCGACGACAAGGCCGUUGUGGUCGACCCGAUGCGCGACACUGUCAGCCGUGAGUGCUUGCGGCACCCCGAGUUCCAGAAAAAAGUGAAGCUGGGCCGCCGCAGAGACCACUUCAUCUACUCGAUCGAGAGCACCGGCCAGUGGAACAGCGACGAGCUCUUUCUUGAGUCCAUCAGGCUGCUGAAGAUCAAGUGCCAGAAGAUGGAGAAGCAGGUCAUGAACAUGAUCCGAUAA